AUGUGCACCUGCACCAUAAUCGCACACAUUAUUGCCGUUGCACUCGCCAAUGCAGGUGUCAAUAGAGGACGUACUCCGAUUCGUGGACGCAAUUGGCGAAUAUCCGGGGCACCUUUCGUUGACGGUGGUGCUGGCUUUGCACACGUUUUCGUGACUGCGAGUUUCGCGUGCGGUGGGACCGAAAGUCUUGAUAUUACUGCUGGCGAAACGAAGAGCCCGACGAAGAACAUGCCUCGUGUCGUCCGCGUCAUAUUUUGGCGAAUUUUACUUUUCUAUAUCUUGUCCAUCCUAAUGAUCAGCCUAAAUGCUAUCAAAUCGCUCUACGACGACUUGGCCGUUUCAAUCGUUUUUGGCGAGGUGGGAUCUAAUGUUGCCGCUUCAUUCAUGAAUACUGUCAUCCUCACGUCUGUCCUUUCUGCUGGGAAUUAUGCGUACGCCGGAACAUGUAUUUUGUAUCCGUUGUCGACGUCGUCUCCCCGCCUCGCUCCUCGUUCUUUUUCGCAUACUACCUCUUAUAAUGUUCCCUUGCGAGUGCUUCUCGGUACUGCAAGUAUUAGCGCACUGUGUUUCGCGAGUUCCUCCGUUGGAUCUUGGAUGCUAUUAGGAUGGUUGCAGAAUAUCGUCAAAGUAAUGAAUCAGAACAUGUAUUGGCCACUACUUACGACCCAGAUUGCCUGGCUCUGUAUUAGCAUUGCUAGUUGGCGAUUCCGAAAGGCAUGGAUUGCACAAGGCAGACCGCUUUCUGAAAUGAAGUACCGUGCAGGCUGAAUAUGGUUUUGGGGCGCACCUUUGCUGUGACUGCUGUAUCACUUGUUAUCCUCUUCCAAGGCUGGACAUUCUUUUACCCGAUCUUCUCGCCGGUUGAUUUUGUUUCGUUAUACCUUGAGCUUCCCGUGAUGUCGCUAAUGACGCUCGUGUGGUUCAUUGUCCGACAUCGACGGGCCUUCGUCCGGAACAUCAUCGUCCUCGUGUUGCGAGCACCACACGAUAUAUCCCGGACUUCGAUGUAUCUAUACCAGCGCCUAAUCUACCUCCACCGGAGUCGAAACGUGGCUUCCGUGACUUGGUGGACAUAAAGACGGUUGACUUGUAUGUAGACAAACACGAGGAAGACGAAAGGGAUGUAGAAGAUGAUGUCCGUCGUGCGGCUAGAACGAAAGGGAGCUGAGGCUGGACCUGGAAGAUUUGGGAGAUGAUUGCUUGAGAAUUUGCGUCGUGUGCCUAAAUGCAUUGGACUCAUUAUAUC